UGUUUUUCACAGCUUUCUCUUUUUCAAGUUGUCACAUAGUCCAUCAUCUGUUUUAGUUAAUGAUGAGUUGGUCCACGGAAUCCGGACAAAGAAGGUACUUAGAGAUACUAGGGUUUCUUCUUGGCCAUCGAAUUGGAGUGGCCUUAUCCACGUUUUUCUUUCGCCUGAAAUGUCCAGUUUCUAGAUGAAUAUUUCAUAUUUAUAUUCCUAACAUCUCUUUGCAGCGGAGAACGAGCCCAAGGGCUGCAUGGAGUGGGUGGUCACCCUGUUCUCCGUGCUGAUCUUCAUCAUCACAUCGCCCAUCGCCAUCUUCAUAUGCUUCAAGGUGGUGGCGGAGUACGAGCGGGCGAUCAUCUUCCGGCUGGGCAGACUGAGCGGCGGAGCUCGUGGUCCCGGCAUGUUCUUCAUCCUGCCGUGCAUCGAUGAGUACCGCAAGGUGGACCUGCGCACGGUUACCUUCAAUGUGCCGCAGCAGGAGAUGCUGACGAAGGAUUCCGUGACGGUCACCGUGGACGCGGUGGUCUACUAUCGCAUCAGUGAUCCCCUUUACGCGGUCAUCCAGGACGAGGACUACAGCAUGUCCGCCACACCGCUCAAGGAGGCCUCCGACGUCAUCUCCGCCAGUCCAUCGGCCUUGCAGCUGCGCUACUUGCAAACCCUGAGCAGCAUCUCCGCCGAGAAGAUCUCCACCAUCAUCUUCCCUCUGCCCAUGGAGCUGCUGACUCCGUACCUGGCCAAGUACGCCCACUUGAUGGGACCGUCCGAUAACUUAGUUUUAGACGCACAUGCCGCUUGGCCAAAGACCAACCUAUGAUUUGAAUCUAAGGAUUGCCAGAGUUUGAAAAUAUAAUGUCUUAUUGCUUUUUAAUAAACGUAAUCCACACGAGUUGGCAGCACCUGCUAUAGGAAACUUGUAAUUUCGGCUGUCAUUUUCAUUUUA